UCAGUCAUACUGCACAAAGAUGGAGCUCUCUCUUUCUAUUUCAAACUUAGCUUGCUUUUCUGUCACAUAUUUUAGCAGUUGACACUUUCUUAGAAAAGAUUCACAAAAAAUGCUAAGGUAGGAAGAAAGAGGAAGUAAUUUAUUCUUAGUAGGAGCAGAAUUUUCUACAGAGUUAAUCUGAAAGCUAAAGAUUUGAGGAAUGUCUCUGUGACAGACAUUGAUUGUCAGAAGGGCCUCUCUCCCAGUGGUUCACCAUGGUGAUCUGUGAUGACUGGGUGAAAUGCCUGCAGUGGGCAGUCUACGUGCCAGCACUGGCUGCUGGACUUCCUCUGAACAUGGCUGCUCUGUGGCAGCUGUUUUUCCGUGUUCGUCACUGGAGCGUGUCAACCGUCUACCUCAGCAGCCUUGUGAUUAACGACAGCCUGUUGCUGCUCUCGCUACCUUUUAAGAUGUACGCCUACAAAGAGGUUUGGCGCCUGGGCAAACUGUUCUGUUCCCUCCUGGAGAGUCUGGUCUACGUGAACAUCUAUGGGAGCAUGCUUCUCAGUGUGUGCAUUGCCGUGGACCGCUACAUUGCUCUGUGCUUGCCCUUUGCCGCGCGCCGCCUGCGCUCACCGCGAAAGGCCGGGCUGGUGUGCACGGCCGUGUGGGUGCUGGUUUUUGCCAGCAGUUUCCCCGUAUACGACUUCCAUGGAACAGAUUCCAACAGCAACACAUCCCACUGUUUCCAAAACUUUUCCAACGACACAUGGGAAAAGCAGUGGCUCGUGGUUUCCCUGGAGACGGUGUUUUGCUGCAGCGUGGCAGUCAUGGUGUUCUGCUCUGUGCAGGUGGUGCGCACGCUGCACAGUCUGCGGCGACUGAAGCCCAGUGAUGCCAAACUGCGAAACAACAAGAGCGCGAAGAUCGUCCUCAGCAGCCUCGUGGUUUUCCUUGUUUGCUUCAUCCCCUACCACAUAGCCGUGCCGCUAUAUUUCCACUUCAAACAGCUUAAACAGGAUCCAGAGAUCAUCGAGCCACUGCGAAGUUUCGUACACAGCAGCUUGUGCGUGAGCAGCAUUAACUCCUUGGCAGACGGCGCGUGCUACUACUUCAUACUGAAGGAGAACCUGCAAAUGGCACGGAGGGAGGCCAAAGCCUCCAUAGUUAUAAGACCACCAGAGGAGAGGACAUUGGGCACAGACACAUGACGCCACGCAAACUGGCAUGUGAAAACUCACAUAGAGGUCACAGGGUGACAGCUGAGAAUCACAGGAGUCUUGUUUACAAAUGUGUGAUUGACACAUUUUCUAGUGAAAGUAUCUUAGACAUUUGGUGAGAGCUAAGAAAGACUUCCCCUAUUUUGUUGGUAUUCUCACAGCACUUUGUCUGAAUUGAAAGCUGGCUACAGGCCUGCUGAUUACUGCUGAAAGCAAGAGUUGUGUAGGCAAACCACAUCCUGCUUUGUUUGGAAAAAGUCUGUGGUUAAAAAUGAAUUCUGUCUUUGUUAAAAGCUAAAAAUGUGUGUUGUUAACAUGCCCUUGAAUAAUAUACAAGAGAUUAGGAAUGGUUUGGGGGAGCAGGGGAAUUAUUUACACAAACAGCAUAUUUGAAGACAAAGUUGACAAAUUUUCAGGAUAAUAGGCCUAUAACAAAGAACAUCUGAGUUCCCAGUGUUCUGUGUCUUCCAGAGGAAGAAUAGCUCAGCAACAUUUUUUUUUAAGUCUUUACAUAAUAUACAAGGUUAAUGUUGCUCAGAACUGAGGGAAAUUUAUAUCAACCAAUUAGAACCUUGCAGAGUACAUGCCAAAAUCAUUCCAUACUUGCCUCAAAAGAGAUUAUUUGGCUAUGCUAACCUAUUUGUACAUAAAAUCUAUGUCUUUAAGUAAAAGACAUAAAUCAAUAUCCAAAUGUCCACUUUGGCUAGAUUACUGCAGCAAGUAAUAAAUAUUCUUUGUUCAUAACAAGAGUAAAUUAAAUUUCAUGGACUUAUUUUUACCUGAAUUACUAAAAAUGUUUGAAGAGUUUUAAUGCCUAAAGUACCAAAACAAAAUACUAAUAUCAGGGUGAUGGUGCGACAAUCCCUGUUCUUUGCAAUUAUUUUUUAUAAUUUGUCAAGUGCAACACUGUUUUUUGUCUCAUCACUGCCACAGCCACUUUAGC